AUGGGCUUUUUCAUAAACUUGGUUAAAAAACCAUCAUCAAACACUAAAUCAACUCAAAUUGCCUAUGGAGGUAGAUCACAAUUUGGAGGUACUAAAACAGCAACAGUAAUGUAUGCUUAG